GGCCCCGGCCCGCCGCCCGCCUCCCGCCUCGCCCGCGGAGUUCGCCCGGCCGCGCCGGAAGCGGCUGCGGCGACCGGAAGUGACCCGCCCGCUUGCGCCGGCGCUUCCGGGUCAGGGGGCGGUGCGCCGCGCGCGGCAGGUUUGAAGCGCGCGGGGCGCAGCCUGAGGGCCCAGGCCGCUGAGGUGGCGGGGCGCUGCGCGAGGCGGCGGCGGCGACGCGGCGGCCCGGUCCCCGCGGCUCCCAGCGGCGGCACCGCCAUGGACGAAGCUGUGGGAGAUCUGAAGCAGGCGUUGCCCUGCGUGGCCGAGGCGCCCACGGUCCACGUGGAGGUGCACCAGCGGAGCGGCAGCACUGCAAAAAAAGAGGAUAUAAAGCUGAGUGUUAGAAAGCUACUCAACAGGCAUAACAUUGUGUUUGGUGAUUACACCUGGUCUGAGUUUGACGAGCCUUUUCUGACCAGAAAUGUGCAGUCUGUGUCUAUUGUUGACACAGAGUUAAAGGCUAAAGAUCCACAGCCUAUUGAUUUGAGCGUGUGCAAUAUUGCACUUCACAUCUUCCAGCUGAAUGAGGAUGGCCCCAGCAGUGAAAACCUGGAGGAAGAGACGGAAAACAUAGUUGCGGCAAAUCACUGGGUUCUGCCUGCAGCUGAAUUCCAUGGGCUUUGGGACAGCCUGGUGUAUGACGUGGAAGUCAAAUCUCAUCUCCUCGACUAUGUGAUGACAACUUUACUGUUUUCGGAUAAGAAUGUCGACAGCAACCUCAUCACCUGGAACCGGGUGGUGCUGCUUCACGGUCCUCCAGGAACUGGAAAAACGUCCCUGUGUAAAGCUUUAGCCCAGAAAUUGACCAUCAGACUCUCAAGCAGGUACCGAUAUGGCCAGUUAAUUGAAAUUAACAGCCACAGCCUCUUUUCUAAGUGGUUUUCAGAGAGUGGCAAGCUGGUGACUAGGAUGUUCCAGAAGAUUCAGGACUUGAUUGAUGACAAGGAUGCUCUGGUGUUCGUGCUGAUCGAUGAGGUGGAAAGCCUGACCGCUGCCCGUAACGCAUGCAGGGCAGGCGCCGAGCCUUCGGAUGCCAUCCGUGUAGUCAAUGCCGUCUUGACCCAAAUCGAUCAGAUUAAAAGGCACUCCAACGUGGUGAUCCUGACCACGUCCAACAUCACAGAGAGGAUCGACGUGGCCUUCGUGGACAGGGCUGACAUCAGGCAGUACAUCGGGCCGCCCUCUGCAGCAGCCAUCUUCAAGAUCUACCUCUCUUGCCUGGAAGAGCUAAUGAGGUGUCAGAUCAUAUACCCUCGCCAGCAGCUGCUGACCCUCCGCGAGCUGGAGAUGAUUGGCUUCAUCGAAAACAACGUGUCCAAGUUGAGCCUCCUUCUGAGUGAAAUUUCAAGUAUGAUAAUCUCCAGGUCCAUCCGUGUUGUUGCAAAUGGCAUCAUUUCAUUCUUUUUCACUGUGGAGCAAUAUCCCACUGUGAAGAGCGAGGGCCUGAGUGGCCGUGUCCUGAGAAAGCUCCCUUUUCUGGCUCAUGCGCUGUACAUCCAGGCCCCCACUGUCACCAUUGAGGGCUUUCUCCGGGCCCUGUCUCUGGCCGUGGACAAGCAGUUUGAGGAGAGAAAGAAGCUCUCGUCGUGCGUGUGACCCGGCCCGCCCCCCCACCCCCAGCCCCCGCCACCGUCUGUCCUCGGUGAGCACACCGCGGGAAGGCGCCAUCGCUUCCUCACCGCAGCAGCUGCCCCAGGAUAUAUGAGGCCACAGCUGAGACUUGCAGGCCUGUGUGGUUCAAGCAGCGUGUUGUGCUUACAUGAUGUUGCUCAAGAAGUGUGUUGCAUUUACGUACUUUAACUGCAUGCUCGAAGACAAAACAGCCUGUUUUCUCUGUUUUGAAGGACGAUCAUCUGAGCUCAGUGUCUCUUUAUAAAGAACUGUCUAGAUGUCCUGGUUCUAUCCUGCUUCUGGUUGAUUGGACCCAAAAUGCUGACAUUUUAUUUAAAAAGAUGAUUAAUGUAAGUUUUAUAGAAACAAAACAAACUACAUUGCCUUAAGGAAGAAUGUAAUCAUAGCAUUAAAAAAAAAGUACACGUUGCUCAAGACGAGGCAGCAUUUGCUUCCUGCUGCAAGCUCGUCCUGGUUAGUGCACACGUUCUGGAGACUGCGAUGAAUAAGAACCUGUUCCUGUGUUACAGAAAUCAAGAGAAAAAUUUUAGGCCCAGUGCUCUUCCUGGUAGCAGGUACACUCUGCUUGUCGGGGAGGGACAGCUGGCGUGGGGCCUGCCUCACUGGUGACCAGCGUGGCCGGCCUCACGGCGAUGUUUCCCGGUGAGUCGUUUGUCGCAGGACGCCAGUCACGGCUUAAACGAAGAUUCCCAAUAACAGAUGUAAGAUGAAUUGGCCGACAAUGGGUGUAUUCCACAGAACCUUGUUUUGCUUUUAUCUCAUGCUAAAAUAAAUUUCAUAUCACUGUUUUAUAAAACAUUUUUAAAAGAAUAUGUUACCUUUUGUCUUAAAACUUUUUAAGUAUUAAAAAUCUUUUUCAAAAAAAA